AGUCUGCUUCGGGCCACCUGGUACUCUGAGCUGGCAGCUCCGUCAUCGUUUGCGCUCUGGAUUCUCUCCUCAAACUAAAUAAGCUGCUUUGAGUAUUUUGUCGAGACCAAGGUCGCGCAAAGCCGUUUCUGACUUUACCGCCGACGGGCGCAUUCUCCAACGCGGGCCCCCAACCAAAACGAGACACACGAGACACGAAACACGAGCAACCAUGGCCAGCCUGCUAGUCGUCAUAUUCUGCGUCGAGCUGGCCGUCCAGCUCGUCAACACCAUCGGCGCAGCGACCAUCAACGGCCUGAUAUGGGAUCUGGUCGUUCGCCUCCCGAUACCGCUGUCCAGGGAAUUCGCCGUGCAGCGCCAGAAGCAGAAGGAAUACCUCGAGGUGCGGCGCGAAUUGACGGGCACGAGCAGCCAGGACGAGUUUGCCAAGUGGGCCAAGCUGCGCCGGAAGCACGACAAGCUGCUCGAGGAUCUCGAGAAGAAGAAAGCCGCUCUCGACGGCUCGCGCACAAAGUUCGACCGCUACCUCACGACGGCGCGCUUCAUCUCCACGCGCGGCCUGCAGUGGUUCCUGCCGUUCUGGUACGGCCGAACGCCCAUGUUCUGGCUGCCCUACGGGUCGUUCCCGUACUACGUGGAAUGGUUUGCGUCGUUCCCGCGCGCGCCGCUGGGCAGCGUCAGCAUCGUCGUCUGGCAGGGCGCGUGCACAGGCAUGCUGACGCUGCUCGUGGAGACGGUGACGGCGAUUUUGGGACUGGCGGUCGCUGCCAGACAGCAGCCCGCCCAGAAAGAAAAGCCCAAUAAGCAAGCCGCUCCUGCUGGCGGAGGCAACGUCAAGUCGCUGCUCGUCUUCUUCGGGCCCAUCCUCGUGCCCAAGGCCCUCGGCUGGUACCGGUCGCUGCAGGCCUCGCGCGCGCAGCAGCAGCACAUCCCCAUCCGGCCGCUCCCGCCGGGCGUGGCCGUGGCCUUGACGCUGCUCCUGUCGGUGGCCGCGUGCUUCCUGCUGCGCACGCUGCCCGUGCUGUCGCCCGAGAACGUCUUCGCCGUCACGCAGUCGCGCCUACAGAUCCCCGUCGACGUGCUGUUUACGCGCCUAUCCACGCUACGGCCGCUCUCCGCCGCCGACGACGCCCUACGCCAUAAGUUCGUCAACCUCGAGAGCCGCCUGCUGUACCUGCAGUUCGGCCCCGACGUGCUCGCCGCCUGCCCCUUCUGCGCCGCCGACGACCCCCGCUCCUACCUGUGGUACGCCCUGCCGGCCCUGGCCGCCCCGCACCUGCUGAACCUGGUCGCCAUCGCCCUCGCCACCGCCCCGGCCAUGACCGGCCACGCCUCGCGCGCCGCCACCUGGCGCACCCCCGCCACCCUGGCCGCCGUCGCCCUGGCCGCCGCCGACGUCUACCUCUUCAGCGCCUACAACUACCAGCGCAACGCGCGCGCCACGCGCCUGCAGGACCUCGACUUCUUCUUCUGGACGGCGCGCGUGUGGCGCGCGGCAGCCCUCGCGGGCCUCGACGCGCUGCUCGGCUGGGCCGUCUACGCGACGGCGACGAACCGCGCGUUCACGGCGCCGCCGGCGCCGGCCGAGCGCGUCGAGGCGGCCGCGCGCGUGCUCGCGUCCGCAAAGGCCAAGCUCAACGCCGCCGGGGUCGUCAAGAACACGGCCAUCCGCGACGACGACCUGCGCCGCCGCAGCACCGACUACUGGGGCCACGAGGUGCGCCUGAUGCGCGACGUCAUGGAGGACCGCGACGUCAUCGAGGGCGUCAACGACGCCCUGCUGAACCGCAUCGACAUUGCGUCCAUCACGCGCGACGCGGAGGUCUAUGCCAGGAACGUGCUCCAGCCGGGGACAUGGAAUGGCCAUGCCCCGCUGACCUACGACGACCGUGACAAGCAGCAGUACACGCAAGUAAAGUAG